UGAACCAACUAGCCAGCAAUUACCACAUAAUCUUAUGGCUUAUAUCAGAUGCCAGUGCUCAGAUUUCCUUGUGCCUUUUUUCCCUUUGCCAUAUGCAAAUGACUCAUUUCAUCUAGAAGCUUUAAAUGGAGAAAAUUUUCAGGAAGAUAUCCCUGCUAUAACAUACAGAAUCAUAGAUUUCAUCAAACUACAAGCUGGAUUGCAAGAAACUUCAGGCAUUCGAAGAAAGAAGCAGAGGAAACACCGUUCCAUACCUUCGAAACAAGCAUCAGAGGGCAGCACAGCGACAUUGUUGAUACUGCUCUCUGAGCUGUUCAAUGAAGUUGAAGAAGAAUAUUCCACAAAGGACUGUCCAUGUAAAAGAAAAAGAUUAGUAUGAUAAAGAAAACCUCAGACAAGUAGUCUUUCUUGAUUUUUUCCACUUGUGGUUUAUUAACAAAUUAAAAGAACAACAACAGAAAUUAAAAUUGUGCAUGUUUUAACUUUUCUGUACAUCAAACACAGCAAUAUUUUGCCCAGAAGAAGUUCUGUUGGGUGAACUGAAACUGAAGUUUUUACUAAAAACUGUCUUUGUAACUGACUUAACUAAUAUUUUAAGUAACAUAUGGAGU